UCUCGAGGCAGCGGCGCGGAAGGAAGCCAGCCGAGGAGGGAGAUCCAGCUUCCGCCGGAUGUUCCCUCCUCCGCGCCGAAGAUGUACGGAAGCCCCGCUGGGGCACCACGGCGCCGCCAUGUUCCCUCCGGAGCAGCAGCAGCAGCAGCAGCGAAUUCUGCCUAGCAACAGCAGCCAGGCCAUGAGCGUCCCGUUUUCCGGAAGCGGAAGUGACAGCUAUGGCUUCCAGCAGCAGCAACAACAACACUACUAUCAACAACAACAACAACAGUUCGGCUUCGAGUCGCCUUCCUGUCUCCAUAGCAACGGCAACCGGAUGCUGGGCUACCCGGGGUACGAGCUGGACGGCGCCGGAAGUGACGCCGCGCCCUUCGUCCCGCCCCCGAGGCCUUGCCUGCCGCUCGACCAAUCGCCGCACCGGAUGGCGUUGAGCGGCGACUACGGCUACGAACAUCCGGGCUACUCGGCGGAGGCCGCGGACUACAACCACGGCGUUGCUAAGCAACAGCAGCAACAAAAUGGCGGCUACUUCGUCCACGGCAACAACGGCGCAUGCGCGGAGAUGCACCCGCUGAGGCAGGGCAAUGGCAAUGGCGGCGGCGCCGCGCAUGCGCAGUUCGAGUUCCCCAUCCGCCGCUUGGAGAACAGGCCUCACUUCUCAGCCGAUCCGCCGCGUUUGCAGCACUACGACGCCGCGCUUUACGGCAGCGCCAAGCGACCCCGUUAUGAUCCCUGGGGGGCGGGGCACCAUCACCACGGCAACCACCACUACGGUUCCCAUGGCAACGCGGCGCUCAUGAUGAAGCAAAUGGCGGCGCGGCCUCCGCUGCGGCCUAGCGAGGCCUACGAGGCGGGCUGGUUCAACAGUGAGGCUUUGUACGGCAGCGAAGGCCUCAAAUCGACUCCCAGCGAGGCUCUGUACGGCAGCGAAGGCCUCAAGCCGGCGCCCAAUGAGGUACUGUAUGGGAAAUCUACUCCUAGCGAGGCUUUGUACGGCAGCGAAGGCCUCAAAUCGGCUCCCGAUGGGGUUUUGUAUGGGAAAUCUACUCCCAGUGAGGCUCUGUACGGCAGUGAAGGCCUCAAAUCGGCUCCAGAUGGGGUUUUGUAUGGGAAAUCUACGCCUAGCGAGGCUCUGUACGGCAGCGAAGGCCUCAAAACUACUCCUAACGAGGCUCUGUACGGACCUGAAGGCCUCAAAUCGACUCCCAAUGGGAUUCUGUAUGGGAAAUCUACUCCUAGUGAGGCUUUGUACGGACCUGAAGGCCUCAAAUCGACUCCCAAUGGGAUUCUGUAUGGGAAAUCUACUCCUAGUGAGGCUUUGUACGGACCUGAAGGCCUCAAAUCGACUCCCAAUGGGAUUCUGUAUGGGAAAUCUACUCCUAGUGAGGCUUUGUACGGCAGUGAAGGCCUCAAAACUACUCCUAACGAGGCUCUGUACGGACCUGAAGGCCUCAAACCGACUCCCAAUGGGAUUUUGUAUGGGAAAUCUGCUCCCAAUGGGAUUCUGUAUGGGAAAUCUACUCCGAACGAGGCUUUGUAUGGCAAUGAAGGCCUCAAAACUACUCCCAGUGAGGCUUUGUACGGACCCGAAGGCCUGAAAUCGACUCCCAAUGGGAUUCUGUAUGGGAAAUCUACUCCUAAUGAGGCUUUGUAUGGCAAUGAAGGCCUCAAAUCGACUCCCAAUGGGAUUUUGUAUGGGAAAUCUACUCCUAAUGAGGCUUUGUAUGGCAAUGAAGGCCUCAAAUCGACUCCCAAUGGGAUUUUGUAUGGGAAAUCUACUCCUAAUGAGGCUUUGUAUGGACCUGAAGGCCUCAAAUCGACUCCCAAUGGGAUUUUGUAUGGGAAAUCUACUCCUAACGAGGCUUUGUACGGACCCGAAGGCCUCAAAUCGGUUCCCAAUGGGAUUCUAUAUGCCAAAUCGGCUCCUAACGAGGUUCUGUACGGAAACGAAGGCCUCAAGAUGUCUCCUUCCUCGUCGUCGUCGUCUUCCUCCUCCCCGUUAGGAUUAAUGGAUUUCCACGGCAACAACAACGGCGUCAACAACAACAACAACAAACUGGGCACGCUCUCCCUGAAGGAGAACCUCCACCACGGCGGUAAUUUGCAUAAUUUAUUCGGGCAGAGCUGCCUCGCCGCGCUCUCCACGGCCUGCCAGAACAUGAUCGCCAGCCUGGGCUCGCCUAAUUUGCAUGUGACCUUUGGCAAGAAAGGAAGUAAUACCCCGGUGGUGGCGGCGGCGGCGUCGAGUGCGGAAAGAGUCGCCAAGGUUAACGCCGAUGGGAAUAAUAACAAUAACAACAACGGCGGCGGCGGGGAAGCGUUCUCGCCCAAUCAGGAGGCCGGGAAAGCAGGGGGCGGGGCCAAGAGGGGGCGGAGGAAGCGGGAGAGCGGGGAGAGCCCGCCCCCGGCUGUCACUCAAGAGCCGCCGACUCCUCCCAAGGCUCAGAACGGGGAGGCGAGCAAUAGGAACAACAAUAGUAAUAGUAGGGAGACUGUGGCCCAUAAUAACCCAAUGGGAGGCCCGAAUGGGCAGAUAGGUUCCCAUAACAACCCCAUAGGAGGUCCUAAUGGGCAGAUAGGGGCGAAUAACCCACUGGGAGGGCCCAGUAUGGGUCCCAGUGGGCCGAUAGGGGCCUCCAAUGGGCAGAUAGGGCCCAAUAACCCAAUGGGAGGCCAUAAUAACCCAACGGGAGGCCCCAACGGCCAGUUAGGGGCCAAUAACCCAAUGGGGAGCCCCACUAUGGGUCCCAGUAACCCAAUGGGAGGCCCGAAUGGACCGAUAGGGCCCAAUAACCCAACGGGAGGCCACAACGGCCAGUUAGGGGCCAAUAACCCAAUGGGGAGCCCUACUAUGGGUCCCAGUAACCCAAUGGGAGGCCCGAAUGGACCAAUAGGGCCCAAUAACCCAAUGGGGAGCCCCAAUAUGGGUCCCAGUAACCCAAUGGGGAGCCCCAAUAUGGGUCCCAGUAACCCAAUGGGAGGCCCGAAUGGACCGAUAGGGCCCAAUAACCCAAUGGGGAGCCCCAAUAUGGGUCCCAGUAACCCAAUGGGGAGCCCCAAUAUGGGUCCCAGUAACCCAAUGGGAGGCCCGAAUGGACCGAUAGGGCCCAAUAACCCAAUGGGGAGCCCCAAUAUGGGUCCCAGUAACCCAAUGGGGAGCCCCAAUAUGGGUCCCAGUAACCCAAUGGGAGGCCCGAAUGGACCGAUAGGGCCCAAUAACCCAAUGGGGAGCCCCAAUAUGGGUCCCAGUAACCCGAUGGGAGGCCCGAAUGGACCGAUAGGGGCCAACAACCCAAUGGGAGGUCCUAAUGGGCAGAUAGGGUCCCAUAACAACCCACUGGGAGGUCCUAAUGGGCAGAUAGGGUCCCAUAACAACCCACUGGGAGGUUCCAAUGGACAACUAGGACCCCAUAACCCAAUGGGACCCCCAGAACCGGCCGUGGGGCCCAUGGACGACCCCGCGAAGGAGGAGGUCCACCCUCUGGAGAUCCUUCAGGCCCAGAUCCAGCUCCAGAGGCAGCAGUUCAGCAUCUCGGAGGAAGGCGGGGUCCUCAACAACAAGGAGAAGAACCACAACAACAACAACAAGGAAGGACACAACAACAACAACAAAGGGAAUAACAACAGCAAAAGCCUGGACUUGGACUCGCUGAUGGGGUCCGCCGGGUGGUACUUGGGGAAAAGAGGAGAAGAGGACAGCAAGGACAACAAGGAAGGUAAAUAAUAAUAAUAACAAUAAUUUAAUAUAUUUUCAUUUUGUCAUGAUAGGAUCCUGGUAAAUAGCAAUACAUAUGUAAUACAUUAUUUUGUGAUUAUAUAUAUAUUUUUUUAUUUUGUCAUAUGAUUCUAGUAAUAGCAAUACAUAUAUAAUAUACUUGCUGCGGCGAAGUAUGAUGGUAUGGGAAAUAAAGUAUUGAGGAAUUGGUGGUAGUUAAAGUAAAGGGUCCCCUGGGCUGAGUGGGUUGCUAGGAGACCAAGUGGGCGGAGCUUAGGGGUGUAUUGGCCAUUGAAUGCUUGCCUUUUGUGUUUGGAAUCCAUACUGAGUCCCUACGGGGAGGCAAAUAGGGCAGAAUACAAAUAAAGUAUUAUUAUUAUUAUUAUUAUAUUUAUAGGGCAGAAUAUAAAUAAAGUAUGAUUAUCACCAUCAUCAUCAUCAUUAUAUUAUAUUAUAGGGCAGAAUAUAAAUAAAGUAUUAUUAUUAUUAUUAUUAUUAUAUUUAUAGGGCAGAAUAUAAAUAAAGUAUGAUUAUCACCAUCAUCAUCAUCAUUAUAUUAUAUUAUAGGGCAGAAUACAAAUAAAGUAUUAUUAUUAUUAUUAUUAUAUUUAUAGGGCAGAAUAUAAAUAAAGUAUGAUUAUCAUCAUCAUCAUUAUAUUAUAUUAUAGGGCAGAAUACAAAUAAAGUAUUAUUAUUUUAUUAUUAUUAUAUUUAUAGGGCAGAAUAUAAAUAAAGUAUUAUUAUUUUAUUAUUAUUAUAUUUAUAGGGCAGAAUAUAAAUAAAGUAUGAUUAUCACCAUCAUCAUCAUAUUAUAUUAUAGGGCAGAAUACAAAUAAAGUAUUAUUAUUAUUAUUAUUAUUAUAUUUAUAGGGCAGAAUAUAAAUAAAGUAUGAUUAUCACCAUCAUCAUCAUUAUAUUAUAUUAUAGGGCAGAAUACAAAUAA